AUGUCCCAAACCACCGACCAUGAUCCUGCAGCACCCUGCAGCGUCGACGUCGGCAUUGACAUACCCUCUGUCGCUCUAAUGAAUCAAACUCUCGACUUCUACAUCAACGGCAUCGGAUUCGAAGAUCUCGGGCACAUCGACAUCGAUCUCGCACAUCUCAACAUCGGUCCUGUCAAAGUCCAAGCACUUCGCUUCGGAAACUCGAGUUUCAAGUUAAAGCAUGACAUGAGAGUCGACAGGCCAGAUGCGCCUAGAGCUGAGGUGCCAAACUUGACACAUUAUGCAACGAUCCGAGUGAAGGAUAUUCAGAGGACUACUGCGAGGCUACAAGCUCUCGAGCCGAAGCCAUUGAUGUUGAUUCCGCCGGGUGAGGCGAGCACGAAGCAGGGCGCGAAGGUGAAGUUUGCGUUCUUUGUAGAUCCCGUCGGUACGCAAAUUGAGAUUGUGGAGGGCAGGCCUUGGGUUGGAACGAAGAAUGAUGAUGUGGUAUAG